UUGGGUUCUUGCCAUCACCUCAAGAAAGAACGCAGUUGAUACGCAGAAACUAAUUUUGUUUCCGAGGUUUUGAAAGUCUCUGGGAGUGCUGCUGUGACACACAUCAUGGGCACUCUCAGUUUCUGCUCUGUCAUGAUCUUCUCCUUGUUGCUUGUUAAGGGCAGCCAGGCCGACCUCUAUGGAUCUACUCCGCCGCCGCCACCUGACGCGGUUUCCGGCAAAAGCUUUCCUCAGUCGGUGUUCUGCAAUGACCCGACGAGUAAACGCUUCGGGGCUCAGAUCUCCUGCCCCAGCCAGUGCCCCAUCUUCAAGCCAUCCAAUUCCAAGGACAAAGCUUGCUUUGUGGACUGUAAUUCCAAGAACUGUGAAGCUCUAUGCAAGACGCGAAGGCCGAACUGUAACGGGAUUGGAGCAGCAUGCUUUGACCCAAGGUUCGUUGGGGGCGAUGGCGUCAUGUUCUACUUUCACGGCAAGACAAACGAGCAAUUCAGCUUGGUGUCCGAUGUCGAUUUCCACAUCAAUGCCCGGUUCAUUGGGCGCCGCCCCCAGGGGAGGACGCGCGACAACACGUGGAUCCAAGCCCUAGGCCUGAUGUUUGGUCCCCACACCUUCGCACUGGCCGUCAACAAGGUCGCCCAAUGGGACAACGAAGUGGACCAACUCGUCCUAACCUACGAUGGCAAGCCGCUUCUCCUCCCUCCGGGCCAGCUUUCCGCUUGGACCACUCCGGACGGCAGGCUCUCUGUCGAAAGGACAGCGAAGUUCAACAGCAUUACGGUGCUGCUGCACGGCUUCGUUGAGAUCUCGGCCAAUGUAGUCCCCGUGACGAAGGAGGACGACCGCAUCCACAGGUACCAGAUACCGGAUAACGAUUGCUUCGCCCACUUGGAAGUGCAGUUCAAGUUCCUCCGCCUCUCCGACCAAGUGGAGGGUGUCCUGGGCCAGACAUACCGCCCAGGCUACCGGAGCCCUGUGAAGAGAGGCGUGCCAAUGCCGAUCAUGGGCGGAGAAGAUAAGUACAAGACGUCGUCGCUCCUCUCCGCAGACUGCAAGUAUUGCAUUUUCUCUGCACCCGAUUCGUGGACCGCCGUGGCCGAGUCGAUAGUGUUGGAUCCUACUACGGCAGUGGUUGAUUGAACCAGCUAGAUCAGUCCAGGCCCUGGACUUGUUUGUCGUCGCUAGAUAUGUUUUUACACUAAAUUUAGUACGAUAAUGGAAUGGGACGAGGGUGAAAUAGAAUAAAGUAAGGAAUAGAAUGGAGAAAUGAAUGGGCAUGGAAUAGGAGUUGGAUUAUUCUGGUGUUUAAUUGUUCUGAAUGCAUGAGAUAUAAAGUAUAUGGUGAUUCCCUUUCUUGUAUUUGGAAAACUUUGGAAUGGA